UUGGCCUCAGGGAGUCAGAAUGCAUGCUGCUGCUUCUCAGUUUGCGGAUGCGAAUUCAAUCGUCAGUGAGAACUAGUGCGGUGGUGCUUUAACCAGAGGAUUAUAAGGAUUUGACGUUGACAGAUUAGUGUAGGAAACCAAGUCGACCAGAACAAAGCAAUAGCAGGGGCUAUUUGUAUGUAUUUGUAAAUGAAUCAUCCCGCCUUUUAGGUGAAUAUUUGGGUACAGCAGAGCGUGGCAACAUUCGAAAAAGAAUUCAUCAUCAUCCUCCUGAUACCCAGCUAUUUGAAGGCUUCAAGGUUCCAAGUUAGCUACUCUGUUUACAUUGCCGCCGUUGCAAGAGGUUGACCAUAGUCUAUGUGUGUGAGGUGAACGGGGACACUUGUAUGAAAACGGUGAUGGCAAAGUGUGGUUCUGCGUCUUUGAGCGUAGACUGCACAUCUGGUCACCCUAGCAAGCGAUACUUGUAGACAGGCUAUGCUGCGUGCUUUAUUCAGAACAUUGCUUCGAUUUCCAGUGAGGUACGAUUUAGCCGAUGCACAGUGGGAUUUGCGAGCGUGUGUUCUAGUUGCGCAACUGAAUUUACGACCUUGUGGAAAGAUGAUGCAGUACAGCCAUGACCGCGUAUAGCCUAUAGCGUGGUCAGGUAAAGUCAACAAGGAGUUGUCGGAGGUAGCCAGUAGGCUAGAUAGGAAGGAAUCGAAUCCUGUCCAAGGUCAUAGUGAAUCUUCACUGAUGAUGUAGUCAAAGCCGAGUCGAUAGUCCGGUCCAUCACUUAUGUACUCUGCGUAAAAGGUUUGAGCAUCAGCAGACAUGAGUCAGUUCAGGGCACUGGCUGGUGCUCUGAGGGGUGGGAGGUUUUGGUUAAGAGGGCAGGCAGGGGUUGGAGAAAGAUGCAGCCUACCCAGCCGUGGUUGUUCCUCAAGGGCAGUGGAGCCUUCUCUGUCUGCCUGUAGUUCCACUUAUGUGGAGGAAAUGUACUACGCCUGGCUGGAGGACCAUAAGAAUGUCCACGAGUCAUGGGACGCGUAUUUCCGUAAUGCUCAGCCGUCAGCGUCGUCAGGGGAUGCUGCAGAGAGGCAACCCUCUAAUCUCCUCCUGGGCAGGGGCAUGUCCCAGACGCCCUCCAUGGCUCAGAAGGUGGUAGAGGACCAUUUGGCUGUCCACACCCUCAUCAGAGCGUACCAGGUCCGUGGACAUCAUUCUGCACAACUGGACCCUCUUGGAAUUCUCGAGGCGGACUUGGACUCUUUUAAUCCUUCAGACUUAAUUAACAAUAUUGACAAUCUGGGGAUUUAUGGUCUUGAGGAGUCUGAUUUGGAUAAAACGUUUCAGUUGCCUUCAACAACAUUUAUUGGUGGCAACGAGACAACACUACCGCUGCAUGAGAUCAUUCACAGGUUGGAGACAGCCUACUGUGGUCAUAUUGGAGUAGAGUUCAUGUUCAUCAACAAUGUGGAGCAGUGUCAGUGGAUUCGACAGAGAUUUGAAACUCCGGGAGCCAUGCAGUUCACCAACUCGGAAAAGAGGACCCUGCUAGCCAGGCUGGUCAGAUCCACACGUUUUGAAGACUUCCUGGCUCGGAAAUGGUCCUCAGAAAAGCGCUUUGGCUUGGAAGGCUGUGAAGUGCUCAUUCCUGCUCUCAAGACGAUCAUAGACAAGUCAAGUGAAGCGGGUAUUGCCAAUGUGAUAAUGGGCAUGCCACACAGGGGGCGGCUUAAUGUCUUGGCCAACGUUAUACGGAAAGAGUUGGAUCAGAUUUUUUGCCAGUUUGAUCCCAAACUUGAGGCAUCCGAUGAGGGCUCAGGCGAUGUGAAGUACCACCUUGGCAUGUACCAUGAGCGAAUCAAUCGUGAGACAGAGAAAGACAUCACACUGUCCUUGAUGGCCAACCCUUCGCACCUGGAGGCUGUGGACCCUGUGGUCCAGGGCAAAACCAAAGCUGAGCAGUUCUACUGUGAGGACACUGAGGGCAAGAAGGUGAUGUCGAUUCUAAUACAUGGUGAUGCAGCGUUUGCCGGCCAGGGGGUUGUGUAUGAGACCUUCCACCUUAGCGAACUUCCAUCAUACACCACUUACGGAACCAUUCAUGUGGUGGUCAACAACCAGAUUGGCUUCACCACAGACCCCAGGAUGGCACGCUCAUCUCCUUAUCCCACGGACGUGGCUCGUGUUGUCAACGCGCCCAUAUUCCAUGUCAACGCAGACGACCCCGAAGCUGUAAUGUAUGUGUGUCAAGUGGCAGCCGAAUGGAGGAGCAAGUUCCAUAAGGAUGUUGUCAUAGAUCUGGUGUCCUACAGACGCUUCGGCCACAACGAAAUGGAUGAGCCGAUGUUCACACAACCUCUGAUGUACAAGCAAAUCCGUCGGCAGGAACACAUUUUGAAGAAGUUCUCAGACAAACUCAUUUCCGAAGGCGUGGUGACACUGCAGGAGUUUGAGGAGGAGGUUGCUAAAUAUGACAAGAUCUGCGAGGAGGCCUACACGCGCUCCAAGGACGAGAAGAUCAUGCAGAUUCGCCACUGGCUGGACUCCCCAUGGCCUGACUUUUUUACAGCUGAGGGAGAGCCGCGGAGCAUGACGUGCCCGCCCACAGGUUUAGAUGAAGCUGAUCUGCAGCACAUCGGCCAGAUAGCUAGCUCUGUACCACUGGAGGACUUCUCUAUUCAUUCUGGCGUGUCUCGCAUUCUGCGUGGCAGGGCAGACAUGGUGCAGAAGCGGCAAGUGGACUGGGCUCUGGGGGAGUACAUGGCCUUUGGCUCGCUGCUCAAGGACGGCAUCCAUGUCCGCCUCAGUGGCCAGGAUGUGGAGAGGGGGACGUUCAGUCAUCGUCACCAUGUUCUUCAUGAUCAGGAGGUGGACAAGCGCACCUGUGUUCCCAUGAACCACCUCUGGCAAAAUCAGGCAGCCUACACAGUGUGCAACAGCUCGCUAUCAGAGUACGGUGUUCUCGGCUUUGAACUUGGUUUUGCCAUGGCCCGACCAAAUGCUCUGGUGUGCUGGGAGGCCCAGUUUGGAGACUUCCACAACACGGCUCAGUGCAUCAUUGACCAGUUCAUCAGCCCCGGUCAGGCUAAAUGGGUCCGUCAAAACGGCAUCGUCCUGCUGCUUCCCCAUGGUAUGGAGGGGAUGGGCCCCGAGCACUCCUCAGCAAGGCCUGAGCGCUUCCUGCAGAUGAGCAAAGAUGACCCCGACCGCUACCCGGAGAUCAGCGGGGACUUUGAGGUACAGCAACUGUCCGACUGCAACUGGAUCGUGGUCAACUGCUCAACGCCGGCCAACUACUUUCACGUGCUGAGGAGACAGAUUCUGUUACCAUUUAGGAAACCGCUGAUCAUUUUCACCCCAAAGUCCUUGCUGAGGCACCCAGAUGCCAGAUCUAGCUUUGAUGACAUGGCUUCAGGAACGAGGUUCCAGAGGAUCAUUCCAGAUAGCGGACCAGUGUCUCAAAAUCCAGAGAAGGUGAAGAGGGUGAUCUUCUGCACGGGGAAGGUCUAUUAUGAGCUGGCCAAAGAACGGAAACAGCAUGGGCUGGAGGACCAAGUAGCCAUUACAAGACUUGAACAGAUAUCUCCAUUCCCAUUUGACCUGAUUAAAGCCGAGGUCGAGAAGUAUCAAGAGGCUGAAUUAAUAUGGUGCCAGGAGGAGCAUAAGAACAUGGGUUACUAUGACUACGUCAGGCCACGCUUCCUCACCGUUCUCGACAACAAGAAGCCAAUAUGGUACGUCGGCCGAGAUCCAGCCGCCGCUCCAGCUACGGGCAAUAAGUUCACCCAUCUGGCAGAGCUCAAGCGCUUUCUGGACACAGCAUUUAACCUACAGGCGUUUCAAGGCAGGAGCUUUUAAACACACCUGAGCGCAGUAGCAGCCAGAAACAACGCACAAAAUGUACCUGACAGUCACCUCAUAAUCUGUACCGCACCUGCUUUUGGACUUUUGAGCACCUUGGUCACUGAGCCAUGGUUUGUAUCAUUGAAAAUGACAAGCCCACCUUUCAUAAAAUGUUAACUGACAUGCAAAAGUACUGGAUAUGCCAAAGGCAGACUGUUCGCUAAAGGAGCACAUCCGUAACCACCAAAGGAGGCGUUACACAUACUUUCACUUGUUGGGCGCAAGCCUGUGAGAUAUCUUCUCAUCACUGUUACACUUGAAUUCUCCCAACAACUGGUAUGAGGAGGACACAGUGCUACACUCUGCAACAUGAGCUGUUAUUUCCAUGGAAAGAGGAAAUGCAGUUGACAUGAAGCUAAAGCUAAAUUAAUGCUACACAUUCAGUUGCAUUAUAAAUGCUGAAUAAAAGUCAUUGAAAUAGAUAUUGAAAAGCACACUUUUCGAUACAAAUGCUUAGCCUGUAUUAGUAAGAUAUAGUUAGGCCUACUAUUUGUUUAAUAUUACUAUUGGGUAAAUAUCUGUUUGAAAGUCUUUAAAAAAAACUCUAUACAAAAAAAAGCUAUAAGUUGACCUCAAGUUCAAGUUCGAAUGUACUGUAUUGAAUGUGCAGUUAUAUAAUAAAGCACUACUGUUGAA